AUGGUUGUUGAUACUGCGUACUACGAUACCCUUGAGGUAUCAGUGACGGCUACUCCCGUGGAGAUUAAGAAGGCCUAUAGGAAGAUGUCCAUCAAGAUGCACCCUGAUAAGAACAGGGAUGACCCGAACGCCACUGAGAAGUUCCAGGAGAUCUCGGAGGCGUAUCAGGUGCUGAGCGAUGAAACACUGCGAGCCAAGUACGACAAGUUUGGUAAGGAGAGUGCAGUACCGAACGAAGGGUUUGAAGAUGCCGAUGAGUACUUUGCGAUGAUCUUUGGUGGUGAGGCCUUUGUCUCGUACAUCGGAGAGCUGAGCCUGCUGAAGGACUUGCAGAAGAGUGCUGAGCUGAAUGAGGAACAGGAGAAGAAGGAGAAGGAGGAGAAGGAGAAGGAGAAGGAGCGGUUGAAGUCUGAGGAGGAGAAGGAGAAGAAGAAAGGUGAUGACAACAUCAGUGGCACAAGCGCUGCAACUGGACAGAAUACAACAAAGGAAUCCACGCCUCUUCAACUGCACAGCUCCGAGCACGCUGCAACGGAAGCUCAAUCCGACCAUACUGAUAAGCCUUCAACGGAAGAGGUGAAGAACGAGGAGACAAAGGAGAAGUCCAAGUUGCAAGAACACGAAGAAGAGAUGAGAAAGAAGCGCGAGGAAACCAUAACUACACUGUCAAAGAAACUAAUCGAACGCCUCUCGCUAUUAACGGAAUCUGAGAAUGAUACUGCUUGUCAAGAUGCCUUCAAGGAGAAAUUCCAAAUCGAGGCGAAUCUCCUCAAGAUGGAGUCCUUUGGUUUGGAUAUCCUCCAUACUAUUGGUAAAGUAUAUUGUACAAAGGCACAGAUCUAUUUGGACUCCCAGCAGCUAUUUGGUAUUCCCGGGUUCUUCACCUCGAUGAAGGCUAAAGGUGGCAUCGUCAUGGACACUUUCCGUACGGUGUCUUCUGCACUUGACGCACAAUCCACCAUGCAAGAGCUACAGAAGUGGCAGGAGAUGAAGGCAAACCCUGAUGAACUACGGAAUGAAAAGGGUGAAAUCGUGGAAAAGCCUACAGACGAGGAGAUUGCUCAACUGGAGAAGCUACUCAUGGGUAAAGUGCUGAACGCCGCAUGGCACGGUAACAAGUAUGAGAUUCAGAGUACGUUAAGAGACGUUUGCGAUAAAGUACUGGGUGAUAAAUCUGAACCAAAGGAUAAAAGAAUACAACGCGCAAAUGCACUGAUGCUCUUAGGUAAGGUGUUUGUCAACACAACGAGAUCUAAAGUGGAACAGGAGGAGGCCCAGUUAUUCGAAGAGUUGGUUGCAGAAGCUACUCAAAAGAAACAGAACAAGUGA